UGGAGAUAAAUAAUAAUCGCGGUGAAAAUUAACAUUAAUUAAUUAUAUAAAAAGAAAUUAGUAUGUGCCACAUAACAUAAAAUUUAGUUACCCUAGUGCAGCGAGAAUGCAAAGGCAACAAGUAAAGAAAGAAGAGGACGACGACGGCCCGCCACCUGGAUGGCAACCUAUCCCGACUCCGCCACAGCCACUUCCAUCCGUUGGUUUUGCUCAAAUGGUUUGUGGUUCAUGUCGUCGCCUGCUUGCAUAUCAACGAGGGGCCAAACAUGUCAAAUGUUCAUGCUGUCAGACAGUUAACAUUGUAUUAGAAGCUGAUCAGGUAGGGCAAGUUAAGUGUGGGAGCUGUGCGGUAUUGCUAAUGUACCCAUAUGGUGCUUCGCAAGUUAGGUGUUCAUCGUGCCGGUUUGUGACAGAAAUCGGGGCACACAACAAGCGGCCUCCGUGGUCUGUACAAAGUAAACCAACUCCUCCCAAAACUGGUUGUUAGUGGCCUGUCCAUCAUCCUUCUUGUAUAACACAUUAUGAGUGAGGGAUCUGGUAUAACGAGUUGUAUGUAUAGAUCUUAAAUUCGCUAUCUGUAUUAUUAUUUAUUAAUUUCAUGUUUUGGAAGUAAUUUAAUGAGAUUUUUAACAGCCUUCUUUUCCUUCUGGGAUCUCUAAUGAUGAGAUAUUCAAUGGUAUAUGUUUUAAGCUAUAUUUGUGAUUCAUACUCUUUUCCAACAAUUCGCUGUACUCUUGAUUCUAAUGUAAAAGAACUGUAUUUGGUCCCAUCAUAUCGUUCAUAUGGAAUGACAUCUAUCAUGUUAAAGGAGAA